UGAAAUAAGCCCAUAAAUAAUUAGCUCUGGUAAGUUGUAAUGGAAUCCAGAAACUUGGGUAGUCUGGGCACAGCAGCGUCCACGCUUUAAUCGACGACUAAGUGCUUCUUCUCGUUUUCUUCCCUCGAGUUGUUAUCGGUUUUUGGCGGGAGUCGUCGCGGUCGUCAUCGUCAUUGAAUCAGCCAUGCCUCGGUACUACUGUGACUACUGCGACACCUAUUUGACCCACGAUUCUCCAUCUGUUAGAAAGCAGCACAAUGCAGGUUACAAACACAAGGCAAAUGUGAGGACUUACUACCAGCAAUUUGAAGAACAACAAACACAAAGUUUAAUUGAUCAAAGGAUCAAAGAACAUCUUGGGCAAGCUGCUGCAUUUCAGCAAGUUGGUGUGGCUUAUAAUCAUCUAAUGGUUCAGAGGCCUAACCUUCCUCCUGUAUUGCCACCACCAAGAUUGCCUAUUCCUGGAAAUGCACAAAUACCUGGAGGCCAACCACUAAUGCAAGGGAUGAGACCACCUGUCUUUCCUAGACCUCCUGGUGCACCAGGAUAUGUUUCUGCACAUACCAUGCCUCCGAUGUUACCUCCACCUGGUGCUCCCCAGGUUCCAGGUCAACUAAAUACCAUACCAAGGCCCCCUUCAUUAGCUCCCCCUCCAACGGUUCCUGGAAGCACUGCUACACCAGCUUCCAAUGGUGCUCCCUCUAUGGUAUCAUCAGCAAUGUAUCAAGCCAAUCCUCCGGCACCUUCAUCUGGAAGUUAUGAUAACUACAAUACGAGUGCUCAAGCACCUGAGGGUAAUCACUGACCUGGUUGAACUGUUCACUCUGCAUAAUUCUAUCUCCAUUGGAGUCUUAUGACUAGAGCUAUUUGUGCUCUCCCUACCAGCUGUUCAUCAAAUGAGGACUCUCCAUUUGUGAUCAUAUAUAGAGUAAUCAUUGGUAUGUAGCAUGUCCAGCACUUGAAUGCAAGAAAUUUUUUAUAAGUUAUGUUUUUGGUCCUAGAUGAAAGAUUUAUAUUGAAGUGCCAAUUACUAGAACUUUUUUUACAUGACUUGUUCAUGAUAGGUUCUAUUAUGCAAUUAAUUUGUUUUUAAUCUGAGUUUUAUUAGUGAUAAAUGUAGUUGUAUUGUAGAUUUGGGGAAAAAAUCAUAAUUUCAUAUCAUGUAUUAUUGGAUCUGAAUUCCCUAAAAGCAUUGCAUGUUGAAUCAACAACAUAAAGUGCAUUGAUGCCUUGAUUUCAAA